CGCGAUGUUGGGGGGCGGGGGGGGGAGGACGAGGAUAAUCGUGUUGGAGGUCGAAGGGCUCCGCCGGCGGCCGCCAGGAUGGUCGGGCCUCUGUGCCGAGUGACCGGUGGGCUGCGCUUGGCCGCCCUGGUCCUCCGCAGCAGAGGUGGGGCGAGCAGGGCCUCGGGAGUCCGGCGUGCAAGUGGAGAAGUACACAUUGAACCUCGCUAUCGUCAAUUCCCAGAGCUGACUAAAUCUCAGCAGAUCAAGGCGGAAGUGCUUAGUAGUAUGAUGUGGUUCUGGAUCCUGUGGCACUUCUGGCAUGAUCCUGAUGCUGUGCUGGGCCACUUUCCAUAUCCAGAUCCUUCUCAGUGGACAGAUGAGGAGCUGGGAAUCCCUCCUGAUGAUGACUAGACUUUCAAUAGCCUGUUCCUAAACUUCUGGGAGGAGACUUACAGAAACUGAUGCUUUAGACUCAAUUAAAAUGAUAAAUAAAGCUAACAAGACCA